ACUUUAGGCCCUGCCCAGAGCCCAGGAGUCCAGACAGCCUGGGAGACGAGCAGGAGUUGGAGCCCAAGUUGGAGAGAGAGAGAGAAGCCUACUGCAGCCCAGUGUGCCCUUGACUCUGUUCAGGAGGUAAGGACAAGCAGGAGGUCUUUUGUGUGCCCUCAGAAGUCUGCCUUCAGUUCUCACCAAGCUGCUCUGAGAAUGGAACGAUCCACCAGGGAGCUGUGUCUCAACUUCACCGUUGUCCUGAUUACAGUUAUCCUUAUAUGGCUCCUUGUGAGAUCCUAUCAGUACUGAGAUACCACAUCUCCUGGAAUUGACUGCAACACUCCAGAGCUGUCUUCUGUAUGCGCUGAGAUCCCACUGCUGUCAUGGGAUGCCUUUUCUGGCACCCCAUGGCACUUCUGACCUGCUCGCACAAUAUUUGGGCUGCCUCCGGUGCUAGGAUUGAUUGUGUGAUCUCUAAAGAUGCUGCUCUCAAUGGCUGCCAAGUGUUUGCCAGGGAGCAUUAGAUUUAUUCCCCAACUCUUACUGCAAAUGUGUCAGACAAGCCACAAGGUUAAAAGUAAACUGGAUUCGUGAUGACAUAGAAUUCUAACAAGCCCCUGGUGUGUCUCACCACACAUCCCUUCAUCCCACUCUCAGAAACCAAACUCUAAAUCAACUGCCAGAAGAAAGAAAUGUUAAAGGAAGUCUUUGUCAGCCCCGAUAGCUAUCAUGGGAAUAAAGUUGUCAACC